UUGUGUAUUUAAUUUUUUUUAUGUAUUUACUGUAAAGUCUUAAUAAAGAUAAAGUAAAUGCAGAUUGUUAUUAGUUAUUUAUCUUUUUAGGUGGCAGCAGGAUGGGGGCAGGUCAUGACGUGGUUCACCCAUUCAAGCUAAAAGCACCUCUGCUGCCAAUUACCAUUUUUAUCUCUAUUUUUGUCUGCCCCUCUCGAGUGAUGGCAUGGGAGUAAACAUGAAUAACCUUCUACCUUUCCCCAAAUCAUCCCCUCAUUCCAUCAUGUGUGGUGGAGCAGAAGGUGGAGGAGCAGCUGGAGGAGGAGCAGAAGGUGGAGAAGCAGAUGGAGGAGGAGCCAAUGAUGGUGGAUCAAAAAGAACAGGCUGAAUUCCUUUGGACUUUUGGAGACUUUAGAGAAUACAGUCACACUGCUCCUGAGAAAUCUGGACUGUACUGUGGAUGACGGACCUGUACGAAGCGUUCCUGAGAUUUGGGACUGUCCUCACUGCACAGGUCAUGAUGGAAAAUGGACGCUCAAAAGUCAUCGGGUAUGUGACGUUUUCAUCUGCUGAUGAGGCUGGAGUAGCUAUCUUGGAGAUGAACGGCAGGGUGCUGGGCAGUAGGACUGUGUACUUAAGUCCCUCUCAGACCACCCAGGGACAAAGUCACGGCAUGAAGGUAGAAACCAUCUCGCCUUCAAAACCCUGCCCAGACCCAAGACCCAACGCCAACAAGAACAUUCAUCCACAGAGUGGUACUGCACAAUGGACGGUCCAAAGGCUUUGGAUUUGUCCGAUAUUCCUCUCUGAAUGAAGACACUAAUUAAAUUAACUCAUGAAGUCAUACUGUCCUCAUAAUGUCCUACAAAACUUUACUAAACACACACUGUGUACCGGUCAAACACACACAUUAUGUAAAGUAACACAUCGCUGUUUUUCUCUUUCAGGUCAUCAUGCUGUCGGUCUG